AUGGGUCGUGCAUGGGUUGGAAGAGCGCCCUUGUCGCCGGAGGAACUUCAAAGGAUUGGCCCUCAGGCGCGAAAAUGGGCUGCCGAGCAAAUCCUGAACUUAUGGCGACGGGGAAAGGACAUUAAUACCCCAAGGGCCCUAUGGGGUGAUGAGCUGGAGUAUGUAAUGGUACAAUUUGACCCUUCGCAAUCUCGUGCAACUGCCGUAUUAGAUCAAGAGAACGUCUUACGUCGGUGGAAUAAUCAGGUUUCUAGCAAGUUUGGGGAAUCUCUUGAAGAUGAGACCAUGGACCUGCAACCGGAAUGGCAGAACUUUUCCAUUGAGUCCACCCCUUCUAAGCCAUACACCGACGAAACACGGGAUCUGCUCAAUGUCGAGAUAAACAUGAAACGGAGACGUGCAUUAAUCAAAGAUCUUUUGGGUCCUUCGCAAUACCCGCUGACUAUUGCUUCCUUUCCGCGCUUGGGUGCCAAAGGCCAAUUCACGACCCCCCACUAUGACACCUCGCAGAGUGACGUUCACCACAGAAUGGUGCCACCUCAAGUGGUAGCUCCGGGGCUUCGCUAUUUCUAUAUAAACCAACAAGUUCUUAGUCGGCGACAACGUCCUGUCGGCCUGCAUAUCCCAAUAUAUAGGGAUCGUAACACGCCGAGACCUUUCCUAGAUGAAGAUUGUUUAGCCGAAGGUGCAUUGUUUGGCAGAGACAUUGUCUAUCUCGAAGGUCAAGCAUUCGGUGGAGCAUGCUGCGCACUCCAGACCACAGUUCAAGCUGCAAACGAAGCUGAUGCUAGAUGGCUACACGACCAACUAGUCAUACUCGGUCCCACCAUGCUGGCUUUAACUGCAGCUACCCCUAUUUAUAAGGGUUAUCUGGUUAAUACAGACUCGCGGUGGGACUACCUAACAGCCAGCUUUGAUAUUCGUACUCAGGAGGAGGAGCUCCAAUUUCUAGAGACGUCUAAGCAAUGUUGCUCAAGUCCAUUAACCCGCUGGUCUUCCAACCGGGUCUACCUCUCCCAUGAACGACCUGGAAGCAUAGCAAAUGCCUGUGGACAAGUUCAAAUGGACGAAUCAGCAAAGUUGCAGCUUCUCGAUGGAGGCAUGGACGAAUCUAUAGCUUCAUACUUUUCCAAUCUCCUAUGGCACGAUCCACUGUGCCUGAAUCAAGAAGCAAUCGAAUUGAGCAGCCCGGAGACUACUCACAUGUUUGAGAAGUUUCAACAUGGAGUGUGGAAGCAUGUUCACUUGAAAAUGCCAGAAGCUAGCACAGGGUCUGGAUGGCGUAUUGAGUUCCGCCCCAUGGAAGUUCAACUCAAAGAUUCGGAAAACGCAGCAUUCGCGGUGUUCAUGUUCUUGCUGUCCAGGGCUAUCAUGGCGUAUCGGCUGAACUUAUAUAUCCCAAUCGAGUUAGUGACGGAGUCCAUGCAACGAGCACAAAAGCUUGAUGCUGUGACCAAGGAACGCAUUUGGUUUCGGCGACGAGACUGGGCUCCAGACGGGCUAAAUUCUGUUCAGUGCAAUCCUCAAUAUGGCUGCGCGCAGUCACAGAAGGAGAAUGUUUAUGCUCUAAUGACCAUUGAUGAGAUUAUCAACGGUGAGCACUCGACAUCACCGGCUCGAUUCCCAGGGCUAGUACCCAUCGUGCGAUCAUACCUACUAGAACGGGAUUUGCUUCCCAAUGAAGAGGCCAAGCUGAUGCAAUAUCUCAACCUCAUCAGUUGUCGAGCGAGUGGAAGUCUGCCAACUCCCGCAAGGUGGAUGAGAGACUUUGUUGCUGAGCAUGAAGAUUAUCAACAGGAUAGCGUUGUGAGCGAAAGGAUCUGCUAUGAUAUGUUAAGAGAAGUUGUGAAUAUGAAUGAAGCUGAUUGA